AUGCAGCAUCUUAUGUAUCCAGGCAGCAGCAGCGACAGCAGCUAGAGGAGAGGCAGCGGAGGGCUGAGCAAGGUGCGACACACACUGAUAUAAGGACAGCUACCAAGUAACCUCACGCCUCACUGCCGACUCCAUCCGUCUCGUGCAACAGUGUCCGCUGCAACAAAGUCGCAUGAGGGGACAGACGUGUAUAGUGUGAGCUCUCCAGCAGGUGGGAAGCAGCAGCCACUUGGAGUCCAUCUUUCAGCAGAGUCCGGGGCGAUCACAUCUGCAGCAUUGGCACCGGGGGCGACUCACUGGCAGCUCAGCACUUGCCUUUCCUCCCCAGGGAGUCUCAUUUACCCGAGAUCUGCAACAUCUGCACAUGCCAGACCUGUCCUCCCCCUAACCUCUGCGCUGCACUCACAUAGCGUCACUGCUGCACUCACUCACAUAGCGUCACUCAUCACUAAUUCCAGCGACCUCCCUACCACUCACACCUGCUGCAACCGCGUCUUCCCUGCGCACCGACCCUGCAACUGCCGCGCUGUUUGCGCCCCUUCCUCUUCUGUCGCACCCACUGCACCGCGACUCUGUGCCUCAGGGAAUCCAUCAGGACCAAGUGCUAGAGCCGCUGCGUCCAACUCCAUCUAUCAACCACCUUUUUUUUUUUUUAUUGCGAUUGGUAUCGGCCAUGGAGAGCUCAGGGCAACUCCCUCACCAGCUGUGCUAAGGCUUGGGCAUAGGGAUCAUGGAUACUUGUAUAUCGCUUUUUACUCUUCUCAAAAGUAACGUUGCUGCUGCUGUCAAUGGAGGAGGAGAUUGAUACCCGCAAGAUCAACAGCAGUUUCCUGCGCGAUCACAGCUAUGCAACUGAAGCUGACAUUAUCUCGACGGUAGAGUUCAACAGCACCGGAGAAUUUCUGGCGACUGGGGACAAGGGGGGGCGCGUGGUAAUAUUUCAGCGUGAGCAGGAGAACAAGAAUCAACCUCAUCGGAGGGGAGAGUACAAUGUUUACAGCACUUUCCAGAGCCACGAGCCAGAGUUCGAUUACCUGAAAAGCUUAGAAAUAGAAGAAAAGAUAAACAAGAUUAGAUGGCUUCCUCAGCAGAAUGCUGCCUACUUCCUGCUGUCUACCAAUGAUAAAACGGUGAAGCUAUGGAAAGUUAGCGAGAGAGACAAAAGACCGGAGGGCUAUAACCUAAAAGAUGAAGAUGGAAGGAUACGUGAUCCAUGCACAAUUACUUCACUCAGAGUACCUGUGCUGAGGCCAAUGGAUUUGAUGGUUGAAGCUACACCUAGAAGAGUAUUUUCCAAUGCCCACACAUAUCACAUAAACUCGAUAUCCGUGAACAGCGAUUAUGAAACGUACAUGUCAGCCGAUGACCUGAGGAUAAACUUGUGGAAUCUUGAAAUAACAAAUAGAAGUUUUAACAUUGUGGAUAUUAAACCAACCAAUAUGGAAGAACUUACAGAAGUGAUUACGGCAGCGGAAUUUCAUCCACAUAAUUGCAACACGUUUGUCUACAGCAGCAGCAAAGGGACAAUACGGCUGUGUGACAUGCGCUCCUCUGCUCUGUGUGACAACCAUUCGAAAUUGUUUGAAGAGCCCGAGGAUCCCAGCAACAGGUCAUUUUUUUCUGAGAUUAUUUCUUCCAUAUCGGAUGUGAAGUUUAACCACAGUGGGCGGUAUAUUAUGACCAGAGACUAUCUGACUGUAAAGGUCUGGGACCUGAAUAUGGAGAACAGACCUAUAGAGACUUACCAGGUUCAUGAUUACCUCCGCAGUAAACUAUGCUCGCUCUACGAAAAUGACUGCAUUUUUGACAAGUUUGAAAGUGUAUGGAAUGGCUCAGACAGCGUCAUCAUGACUGGCUCAUACAACAACUUCUUCAGAAUGUUCGACCGCAACACCAAACGGGACGUCACAUUGGAGGCCUCCAGAGAAAACAGCAAACCAAGGGCAAUCCUCAAACCGCGCAAAGUCUGUGUAGGAGGGAAAAGAAGAAAAGAUGAAAUUAGUGUGGACAGUCUGGACUUUAGCAAAAAAAUUCUACAUACGGCUUGGCACCCUUCAGAGAAUAUCAUUGCAGUGGCCGCCACAAAUAACCUGUAUAUAUUUCAGGACAAGGUUAACUAGACAGCUGUAACUGAAAUACUAGGAACAACCCAUUUUAAGGCUUUUUUAAAAAUAUUUUUUCCGUUCUCCCCGUUUCUAAUACUUUAUUUAUUUUUGUUUGGUUCAACAAAUUCUUGCUCGGUUCAAGAAUAGAUAAACUCGCUUCUUAAAUUCCCAGUAACCUCUAUUCCGAGUGAUGACAUACAUUUUUUUUUUUUUUCAUUUGAUUUUUUUUUUCCCCUUUUUGGAGGCCUUUGAGUUUUGCAACAAUUUAAAGAUUUGCCCUCUCGGCCUCAUAUGCAGUUGGAAGGUGUAAGGAAGAAACUUUGGAGAAACCAAAAGUGCGUGUCGAUAAUAUUUCUUUUUAAUUGUUAACUGAAUUUUUAAUAAAAUAUGGACAUUUAAAUUC